AUGGGGGAGUCGGGUCACACCGACGCCUUCCCCAGGACGAUCGCCACGCCUGGCGCUCAGAAGAUUGGAGUGUUGAUGCCCAAACUUGUCGAAUACCAUUACACAGAUGGCAGUAGGUGCGGUGAUCGUCGUGGUGAUACAGAUGCUGUUCUGUUUCAGCACAAGUACGCGUUGAAAUCCAUCAAGAUUGAGAACAAGAGCAUAGCGGACCAGGCGGGAAGGAACACGAUAGAAACAUGCAUGAACGUCAUCGUACUGUCGUUAGCCAUGGUGAUGUCGGGGACGGGUAACGUGGAGGUGCUGCGUGUGUGUCGUCUGCUGCACGCCGCACGGGGGCAGGCGCACGCACACGUGCUGUACGAUCUCACCUCGCCACACACAUGGGCCAUCGGGCUGCUCUUCCUCGGUGCUGGACGAUACACGCUGAGCACGAGUGACAGAGCCAUAGCAGCCAUGCUGUGUGCAUUCUUCCCCAAGUUUCCCAUCCACAGCAACGGAUAACAAUAGUUAUCGGACCUUCAGAGGUCGUGUGCGUCAUGGCUCUACAUCAUGUGCGGCAGAGCCGGAAGACUAUCACGUCUCCCCAGAGACGUGGAUAAUUCACGCGCGUGCUUCGCUCACCUUCACGCAAAGUUCAAGGACACACCGUUCUACAAAGACCAGUGUUACACGGAAAACAGCCUGCCCACGGCGCAUCCGCCACUCGAUCCUGACCGCCUUCGACAGAGGUCAGCGUCAAGGAUGAUCGAUACUGGGAGGUCACGUUCACCGCCGACACAAACUGGGACGUG